AUGUGGCUCGAUCGGCUUGCCGGUCAGUCAUCGUCUCCUGCUCCCUCCCAACCUGGUAGCCGCUCGUACUCUCCCGCGCCUCGUCGAACACCAAGUGGAUUAGGUCCGUACAUUACAUCUCAGCAGCGACCGGGUGUUACCCCUAGAUCCUCGUCAUUGUCCCUAGCAUCCACCGAAUCUUCAGCUUCUUCCCUUUUGGCAUCUUCACGAAGAGCCAAUGGCUCGACAUUGAAGGAAUCGAGCACGAUAUAUAAUGGACCUGAUCCUGUAGAUGUAUUAAACGCGCUCUUGGGUGACGAUAAGCAGCAUGCAACACCAGCUACCGAGUCAGCGGCCAGCUCGGUUAGCUCGAUAUCACCUGAAGAUCUUCAGUUGGAAUUCGAUUUUGGCGGCUUGUCUAUCCGAGAGCUAGCAGUAUCAGAGGAAGCAGCAGUAAAUGCUGCUGUUGUAUAUAGACCGCAGGCGGCUGAAGAGUAUGACCGAGAUAAAGCCAAGUUCGAAGAGCUACACCGAUCAAUACGAGCCUGCGACGAGGUACUUAGCUCGGUAGAGACCAACCUGACAAGCUUUCGAAACGAUCUUGCGACUGUGUCGGCGGAUAUCGAAACAUUACAAGCACGAUCUACAGCUCUUAAUGUGCGACUGGAAAACCGAAGGGCAGUAGAGAAGGGGCUAGGGCCAGUAGUUGAGGAGAUCAGUGUAUCCCCUACGGUAGUAUCCAAAGUUGCCGACGGCCAUAUCGACGAAGGCUGGGUAAAGGUAGUUGCGGAGAUCGAUAAGAGAGUUACCGCCCAUAAGAAGAAUAUUGCGAGUGCGCAGGGUGCUAAGGGACUGCAAGAUCUCGGUCCUUUAUUAGAGAAGCUUGUGCUCAAAGCUACCGAACGAAUAAGAGAUUUCCUCGUCGCCCAGAUCAAGGCCCUCCGGUCACCACAUAUUAACGCGCAAAUCAUACAACAGCAGAAUUUCCUCAAAUUUAGAGACCUAUACUCCUUCCUCCAUAAACAUCAUGCUGCACUCGCCGAUGAGAUAUGCCAGGCGUAUAUGAAUACUAUGCGGUGGUACUACGCCAACCAGUUUACACGCUAUGAGAACGCCCUCCGAAAGAUCAAGCUACACUCCUUGGAUAAGACGGAUGUAUUGGGGAACGAAGAUACUUCCAGGAAAGGCACGGUCCUUUCAAGUUCGAAAAUUUCCGGCCCACCUCACGAUGCCUUCAACUUGGGUCGGCGGAUUGACCUUUUACGCACUCAUAACCAAAGUGCGCUCUCAUCAUAUCUAGCUGAAGAAGACCAGUCUACCCACUACCUCGAAGCCCCCUUCCGGAAUUUUAAUCUCGCCCUGAUCGACAACGCAACGGCCGAGUACACAUUUCUCGCCUCGUUCUUCUCUCCCGCUUUGAACUAUUCUACUAUCUCGCGCCACUUUACUUACAUAUUUGAGCCGACGUUCCAGCUCGGCCAGACGCUGACUAAAUCCCUCAUAGGCGACACGUACGACGCUAUUGGCGUCCUCCUUGCCGUCCGCUUGAAUCAGCACUUCCAGUUUGAGUUGCAGCGUCGCAAGGUCCCCGCCGCAGAUGGGUACCUCAAUGGUACGGCUAUGCUGCUGUGGCCGCGCCUCCAGGCCAUCAUGAAUGCGCAUUGCGAGUCCGUUCGUGCUCUCACCACGGGAUUACCAACGCGCCCUCCAACGUCCAAAGCUGAGCAGAGCAAGCUUUCCGCUGCUCCGCACGUCUGUACUCAACGUUUUGGACAGCUGCUCCACGGUAUCCUGGCCUUGAGCACGGAGGGUGGAGACGACGAACCCGUAGUCACAAGCUUACGGAGACUUCGCAGCGAGAUGGAGGCCUUCUUAACGAAAUACAGCGCGGCGUUUGGUACCGAUAAGAGGAAAAGGGAGCGCUUCCUGUAUAAUAACUACAGUCUAAUCCUGACAAUCAUCAGCGAUACGCAGGGCAAAUUGGCAGAUGAAGAACAGGAGCACUUCGAGGGGCUAAAGACGGCUUUUCAAGAAGCUGCUUGA